UUCCUAAAUAUUCUAUCCCUUCAAUUUUUGCUUUUUAAUCUCUUCUACAACCAAAACAAAAAAGACAAAACUCAAGAAAUAAAGUAACUGGUUUGGUUUAUCUCUCUCUCUCUUUCUCUCUUGUAAGAUCUGUUACAGAGGAAAGAUGAAGCGAAUAAGAGAUGAUAUAUGUUCUGGUUCCCAAUUUAAACGUCCAUUUGGCUCUUCAAGAGCUGAAUCCUAUGAGCAAAGCCAAAUGCUGGGUGGAGGUGGCGGCGGUGGAGUAGGAGGAGGUGGUGGAAGUGGAGCAAUGGGAGGGAUGGGGCCAGGAGGGGGAAGUACCCCACAGAAAUUGACUACAAAUGAUGCCUUGACAUAUCUAAAGGAAGUCAAGGAGAUGUUUCAGGAUCAAAAGGAGAAGUAUGACAUGUUCCUUGAAGUAAUGAAGGAUUUCAAGGCUCAAAGAACUGACACAGUUGGUGUCAUUGCUCGAGUAAAAGAAUUAUUCCGAGGGCAUAACAACUUGAUUUAUGGAUUUAAUACCUUCCUGCCAAAGGGCUAUGAAAUAACCCUUGAUGAGGAAGAGGCUCUUCCUAAAAAGACUGUUGAAUUUGACGAAGCAAUCAGUUUUGUAAACAAAAUAAAGAAACGUUUCCAACAUGACGAGCAUGUUUAUAAGUCAUUCCUGGAUAUCUUGAAUAUGUACCGGAAGGAACACAAGGACAUAAAUGAGGUCUACAGUGAGGUUGCUUCUCUUUUUGAGGACCAUUCAGAUCUGCUCGAGGAGUUCACUAGAUUUUUACCAGAUUCUUCUGCAGCACCUUUGACACAACAAGUUCCAUAUGGUCGAAACUCAACUCCGCGUUAUAAUGAGCGAAGUUCUGCCACACCCAACACUCGUCAUGCACAAAUGGACAAACAACGCCGGAGGGAUAGGAUUACUUCCCAUGCUGAUCGGGAUCUAAGUGUUGAUUGUCAUGACCUGGAUGACGACAAAGCUAUUGUCAAAAUGCAAAAGGAGCAUAGAAAGCGUGUGGAAAAGGAAAAUAGGGAUCGGAGAACUCGUGAUCAGGAUGAUCCUGAGCAUGAAAACAGGGAUUUUAACAUGCAGUGUUUUCCGGAUAAGAAAAGAUCGGGAAGGAAAAUUGAAGGAUUGGCUUCUUAUGAUGACAAGGAUACUUUAAAAAGCAUGUGCAACCAAGGGUUCAUAUUCUGUGAGAAAGUUAAGGAGAGACUGUGCAGCUCAGAUGACUACCAAGCGUUCUUAAAGUGCCUUAAUAUUUAUAGCAAUGGAAUUAUCAAAAGAAAUGAUUUGCAAAAUUUGGUGACGGAUUUACUUGGCAAGCAUCCCGAUCUUAUGAUCGAGUUCAAUCAGUUCUUGGAGCGUUGUGAGAAUACCGAUGGGCUCCUUGCUGGUGUCAUUAGUAAAAAAUCACUUAGUAGUGAUGCACAUGCAUCAAGGCCAUUCAAAUUGGAGAAAGAUAGAGAGCAUAAACGUGAAAUGGAGGAAGCUAAGGAAAAGGAGAGAUCCAGGGAGAAAUACAUGGAAAAAUCCAUACAAGAGCUUGACCUUUCUGACUGCCAACGUUGUACUCCAAGCUAUCGGCUUCUUCCUGAUGAUUAUCCAUUACCUUCAGCAAGUCAGAGAUCAGAGCUUGGUGCUCAAGUGCUGAAUGAUCAUUGGGUAUCUGUGACUUCGGGAAGUGAGGAUUAUUCUUUUAAGCAUAUGCGCAGAAAUCAGUAUGAAGAGAGUUUGUUUAGAUGCGAGGACGAUAGAUUUGAGCUGGAUAUGUUGUUAGAAUCUGUGAGCUCAACUGCCAAGCGUGUGGAGGACUUGCUGAACAGCAUUAAUGAAAAUAAAAUCAGUAUGGAGUCUCCAUUUCGUGUAGAAGAACACUUAACUGUUCUAAAUUUAAGGUGCAUUGAGCGUUUGUAUGGUGACCAUGGUCUUGAUGUAAUAGAAAUAUUACGUAAAACUCCUGCUCUUGCAUUGUCAGUCAUUUUAAUUCGCCUGAAGCAGAAGCAAGAAGAGUGGACAAAAUGCCGUUCAGAUUUUAACAAGGUUUGGGCUGAAAUUUAUUCAAAAAACCAUUACAAAUCACUUGAUCACCGCAGUUUCUACUUCAAACAGCAGGAUUCAAAGAACUUGAGCGCAAAAUCCUUAGUGGCUGAAAUCAAGGAGUUGCAAGAGAAGAACCAGAAAGAGGAUGAUGUUCUUGUAGCUAGCGUUGCUGGUCACCGGCAACCCGUUGCUCCACAGCUCGAAUAUGAAUAUUUGGAUGUCGACAUUCACGAAGACCUAUAUAAACUUAUAUUAUAUUCGUCUGAAGAGAUUUGCUCAACCAAAGAACAGUUAAAUAAAGUCAUGAGGCUCUGGACCACUUUCUUGGAGCCAAUGUUGGGUGUUCCUCCUCGACCUUAUGGCAGAGAAGUUUCUAAUGAUGCUGGUAAAGCUCUGGAUCCUGCCGUAAACUGCACCACAUCAAGCAUUGCUGAAAGUGAUGGAAAUCCUGGAGCUGUUGCUGCUGUUAGUUCCAGGCAACAGAAGGCUGCUAGUUAUAGAGAUGGGAACAGUUCACCAGUACUAACUAAGUCUUGCAGAAAGGACUUGACAAAUGAGGAAACUUCACCCAACGAAGAACGAACGGACCGUGUAUGUAGAGAUGAUUCAAAGCUAGAGAAAGAGAUCACAUUUAUAGCUGAUAGAAGGCCAGGAAUUAACAAACAUACAAGUGGACUUGGAGCCCUUGCAAUUGAAGCAGAAAAUAAUCACAUCGGAAAUGGUGUUGAAGGGGCAUCAGCAUCUAGACCUUGCAUUUCUGCUAGUGAGGAUCAUGAACCUGAAGCUAAUGCUUGUCUCGUACAUUCAUUAGAGGGUGAUGUAAUGAAACACGUUUUAUUAGCAAAUGGGGUGCCUACUGAUGGCUCCAAUGCAAGUAGAUUCCAUGAUGAAUCCGUCGGUCCAUCAAAAAUUGAGAAAGAAGAAGGUGAAUUAUCACCUAAUGGUGAUUUUGAGGAGGAUAAUUUUGUUGCAUAUGGGGAUACUGGUCCAAAUGCUGUACCCAAGGCAAAUCAUGAUGGUGAAACCAGACAGUACAGGUCUAUAAACAGGAAAGAGUUGAAUUACAAGGAUGCUGGAGGUGAAAACGAUGCUGAUGAGGAGGAUAGUGAAAAUGCCUCAGAGGCAGGUAAUGACGCAUCCGGCAGUGAGUCUGCAGGUGAUGAGUGCUCCCAUGAAGAGGAGGAAGAGGUAGAACAGGAUGAAGUUGAUGGUAAAGCAGAGAGUGAAGGGGAAGCCGAAGGGAUAGCUGAUACACAUGUGGGAGGAGAUUGUGCUCCCUUGUCAGUCUUGGAACGGUGUCUGCUCACGGUGAAGCCUCUUGCAAAGCACGUACCUUCACUUUUACCUGAAGAAGCUGGAAACAGUUCUUGCGUGUUUUACACAAAUGAUGAUUUCUAUGUUCUUUUCAGACUUCAUCAAAUCCUAUAUGAAAGAAUAUUGUCUGCAAAAAUAAAUUCAAUGGGUUCUGAAAUGAAGUUGAAAAAUUCAAAAGAAGCUAGUCCUACUGAUUUAUAUGACAGAUUUAUGAGUGCACUGUAUGGUCUGCUUGAUGGAUCUGCUGAUAAUGCGAAGUUUGAGGAUGAAUGUCGAGCUAUAAUAGGAAACCAGUCGUAUGUGUUAUUCACAUUGGACAAGUUAUUAUAUAAAUUGGUUAAGCAGCUUCAAGCUGUCUCUGUCGAUGAUAUGGAUAAUAAGCUUCUCCAAUUGUUUGAGUAUGAAAAAUCCCGAAAACAUGGGAAGACAAUGGAUUCUGUGUAUUACGAGAAUGCCCGUGUUCUCCUUCAUGAGGAGAAUAUAUACCAACUGAAAUGUUCUUCUUCGCCAUCUCGUUUGUCUAUUCAGCUGAUGGACAAUGUCAUCGAAAAGCCAGAGGCAUUUGCAGUUUCCAUGGAGCCUAACUUUUCAGCUUUUUUACACAAUGAUUUUCUGUCAGUUUUUCCCAGCAAAAAGGAGCCACAUGGCAUUACACUGAGGAGAAACAAGAAAAAGUAUGCAAUUCUAGAUGAAUUUGCUGCAAUUUGCAUGGCCAUGGAAGGUGUUGAACUGGUUAAUGGUUUAGAGAAUAAGAUAGCUUGCAACUCAUACAAGAUUUCCUAUGUGUUGGACACUGAAGAUUUCUUCUUUCGUAGAAGGAAAUCACCUCAUAGCAAACCUCCGUAUGAUAAUCAAUCAAGAGUACAAAGGUUCCACAGAUUUUUAUCUGCUUCACAAUGAUAUUGCCAUUUUUGCCUCGCACCGGCGCAAAUGGUAAACUAGCAAAACCAAGAUCCUUAAAUCUUGAGAAUUUCAAAUCUGGUAGUAAUCUUCAUUGUGCUCACAAAUAUGUUUCUUGUAUGUUAAUAGUGGCUGCUAGUUGGUCAUGCUAGUAGUGAAACAAGGAAGAAUGGUUGGGAAAUGUAGCAUAUUUGUAAGUUGAUAUGAGCAAUGAUCUACCAUUAUUGUGUAAAUAGAUUUAUAAAAGAAAAAAGGGUUUGUCAGA